AUGUUGUCACUGUCUUCACCAACUGGUGGUUUCUUCUUUGUUAAUGGAUUUGGAGGAAUAGGAAAGACUUAUUUAUGGAAGGAUCUGUCUUCAACAUUAUGGGCCAAAGGAGACAUAGUUCUUACCGUUGUUUCAAGUGGUAUCGCAUCUACUCUACUACUGUUAGGGAGGACUACUUAUUCAAGGGAUGGGAAGUUAGGCCUCCCUCAUAAUGGUGUAGCAGAGAUUGAAAUACUAAGUGAAUUACUUAUUUAUGACUAUCAAGAUCCAAUUAGUGCUAUUGUUUCUUCAACAUAUCCUGAUCUCAUAGAUCAUCUUUCUAAUGCCAAUUAUUUCAAUGAUAUGGCAAUACUUGCACCAACUAUGGAGAGAGUCAACCAAUUGAAUGAAUACAUGUGUUCCAUUUUUCUUGGUGAUUUAGUUGAGUAUUUAAGUUGGGAUUCUGUUUGUAGAUCGUUUGUGGAUAAGGAUUCUUUUGAUGAUAUUUAUACUACUGAGUUUUUGAACACUAUUAAUAGUUCUAGAUUACCUCCCGAUAAGCUUGUGUUAAAGGUAGGUACCCCAAUCAUGUUGUUAAGGAACAUUGACCAAGCAUCUGGUCUUUGUAAUGGGACAAGAUUAAAGAUAAGCAUGCUAGGUAAAACAGUAAUUGAAGCCAUAACAAUGAGUGGCUCCCACAAAGGACAAAAGGUUCUCAUUCAUAGGAUGGACAAUGAAUCCUUCUGA